AUGUCUGUGGGCAUCGAGAACCUUACCGUUCUAACUUAUGAGCCUGAGCAUCAGAUGCCAAGCAUUGAUGCCGUUGCUCUAGAAGUCCUGAUUGGCACACUGCAGUGGGAAUACAAGAAAAGAUACAGAUCACUGAUCCUGUGCGUUGUUCAGGAGCUCAUACUCACAUGCAAACUGUGGAAGUUAUACAUCACACUAGUGGUUUCGAAGCCAAUUUGCUCAGUAGACACCGUUGACGAUGGAAACUCACGGAACGAGCCCCGAUCGAGAGGCAAGCUGUUCCCUGAUGAAAUUAAAACACUACGUUCCACCAACCACAUACUAGUACUUGGCACAGUGUCUGCACGUUCACGUUCAUGCAAUGGGCAGUGCGGUUGCGCCACAGAUAGCGACAGUAAAGUAUAUCGGAACUCAGACUGUCGGGGUUUGAACCUGAAAGUCAUUGGCCAUGUGCAUAUGAUCUUCCCGGAGAGCUUGGAUCUAGUUAUGUUUCGCCAGAACGUGUCUAGCUAUGCUUUUUGGCGAGGUAUCCUAUGCAAUAUAGGCCCGCAAGGCCGGUUUGCGACUAGCCCUCCUGCCAACGCACCGCAACAGCCAAGGUUGUACUGCCAGUUCCGAUCCUUAGUGCUCACGCAUUUGUCAGAGGCAGAUGGGGUUAAGCGUUUGGUUUUGAAAGCUGCAGUUCGACGUCGGUCACCAUCGGGAAACGGUGGCGAUCUACGUGCUUUGACAUCUAGACAUCAUCGAUCAUUAUCACUAAGCUGGGGUGCUAGGGACUUCGCACUUCCGGAAAACCAUUCCCGACUCAACUAUUUGGAGAGCUUCAGCCUACCAUCGAGUCCUGAGUCGCCUCCAUUCGAACCACGCUGGAGAUUUGCGACUGCCGAGUUUGUCUUCGGAGAAGGAUCGAAGAAAGCCUUGGGUCUGGAGAUUGGGCACGCUGACGGGCAUAUCAACAUCCCCGCGUGCACUUCCACAGACGGUACUUGGAUCCUGCUAGGCGGAGAUUUGGCUCAUCACCUUGAUAUGAUCACCGGGAACAUGCAAGUUGUAUACAGUGUUGAUGCAAAUACGGGCGCGGUGACAUGUGGUCAUGAGGACAAGGAAGUCACGGAGAACAUUCGCAGGAUGAGGUCGUCAUCAGAGAUUCCGAGGUUCUGA